AUGGAUCCAGAAGACGGAACAGUUCCCCUCGACGAGUCCUAUGCGGAGACGGUCGAUCUCUUGGGCCGAACAUAUCAAAAGUACGCCCUGACAAACGGUACCUACUUUGCACCCAUCGACGAGGAGGAGAUCUCGCGACUGGAGUUGAUGCACUCUGUGCUCUGCAGAGUCUUCGACGACCGACUGAUAUUCCCACCGGUUGGCUCGCCGAGCAGAAUACUAGAGUGCGGUUGCGGAGCUGGAGACUGGGCCGUCGACGUCGCGAGACGGUUCCCCGACUGCGAGGUUCUGGGCAUCGAUCUCAGCCCACACAUGAUCCCAGACGAUCUGCCGCCCAACCUCGAAAUACAAAUCGACGACCUCAAUGGACGGUUCACCUUUUCGCCGGACCAAUUCGACGUCGUACACAGCCAGAUGAUGGCGGGGGGAUGGUGCCAGAUGGUUGAGAUAUACUUCAACGCCCAGUCGGACAACGGAACACUGGAAAGAGAUCAUGGGCUGUCCCGGUGGUCGAGCCAAUAUCUCAACACGCUGCACCCACAUAAAGACCCCCGAGCGGCUCUGCAGCUUCCUGGCUGGAUGAGGAGCGCCGGCUUCACCGAAGUCGAGUCGAGGCUGUUGACAUUGCCCAUGUGCGCCUGGCCGAGCGAAACGCGGGAGCGCAAUAUCGGAGCAGCCAACAGCGAAAACGUGGCUCAACUGCUUCGUUCGCUGGCGCUGUACCCCUUCACCCGGCUGCGAGGCAUGUCGAUUGAAGACUUUGACAGUCUUGUUGAGCAGGCAAGGAGAGAAGCCCGCGAUCCUUCGUUCAAGGCAUAUUUUCCUCUCUACGUUUGUAUCGGCCGCAAGCCUCAGCGAUAG